AUGACUUCUGAAGUAACUUACAUGCCUCUGCCAACAAAUGUUGUAAUAGAAUCCUUGAACUUCAAGACUGUAUUGCGCUGGGAUUACAUGCGCAUGCCUGAACCCCCUCACUUUAUUGUGGAAAUCCAACCGUAUGAGCUAGGAAAAUAUAAGCCAGUCAGCACCUGCAUGAACACAACUAAACAUUAUUGUGACCUGUCUAAGGAAAUAGAAGAUCCGAUUCAGUCUCACUGGGCUAGAGUUAAAGCUUUCAUUGGGUUAGAAGAGUCUGAGUAUGUUGAGACCAAAGAAUUUGUUCUGCGACGGGAUGGAAAAAUAGGACCACCGACUCUGAAUGUCUCAAUUGAGAGAGACCAAAUUAGGGUUGAGAUUCACCCCCCACGCGCUGUUCGAAAAUAUAAGGACUUCACAUACAAGGUGUUUCUUUGGUCCAGUGAAGAGCUGAUUGAAGAGCAUGAAGCAGGACCAUGUAAGAAGCAUUUAUGUAGCAUAGACAUUCCGUUUUUUUCUACUGGUUCCACCUACUGUGUUUCAGCUCGAGGACGUUCAUCGAUUGUUUCAGAUCGAGGAUUUUCCCAAUCCAAUAAAAGUUGCAUUCGUGUUCCUUUAAAACAGCCACUAGACUUAAAAAAUAUUAUAAUAGGUGUUGCUGUUUUCAUUGGACUUGGACUGAUUUUGGCCAUGUAUUGUCUUUGCAAGCAACUAAAGAAGAGAAAAAUUGAACUGCCCAAGUCUUUGGUCACUGUGAUACGAAAUCUGAACUCGCGCAACGUUUUAGAAACAAAACCGGAAGCAAAAUAUAUCUCUGUCAUAACCUCAUCAUCACCCAAGCCAAUGUUUUCAGUGAGUGACGAGGUAAACUUGAUAGACCAAGUAGACCAAGUUAAAGAAAUAGGGACCUCUAAUCCUGAAGACUGCAGUGAAGAAACAGACACUGUCAGCUCCCAGGAGAUAUCAAACAAAACAGAAGAGAUGUCUAUCCAUGAAAGCAUUGCUGAAAUGACCCCUGAUGAUGAAGAAAGCCCCAGAGUGAAAGAGAAUUAUUUUCAUUCUAAUAGUAGCCAAACGGAGUUAAAUUGUAUUUCUUCAAACCCAGAGCCUUCCAACACAGAGGUGCAAGAGUCCCUUAUCCUAAAGAGCUGCAACAAGAUUUCUGGUUAUGACAAACCUCAUGUACCAAUGGAUCUCCUCAUAGAUGUCGGUGAAGAGGAGUCUGUGAUUGCAUAUAGGCAUACUGAUGAAGUGCAUGAGUCAUGA